AUGCAUCAUGUCCCUACCAAUCAAGAUCCUAACCCAAGUGGCUUAGGACGGGCGAUCAUCAACAGAAAGAUAAAAGAUGCACGGCAUAUGCAAGAGUCGGGAUUAUAUACCACCGAUCUAGAUCCAACGUCUCGCCUGAAGUCCGUAACGCAAGAGAAGGACCUUGACGAAUUCUUCAGCACUGCACAGUUGGCUGGGACCGAGUUCACUGCCGAGAGGAAUAAUGUCAAAAUAAUACAAUCUUCCACUGGAUCCAGUCGUAAUCCAUAUCUACUCAGUGAACAAGAAGAAAAGAUCACCCUACUGCGGCAACGAGAGAACAAGGGGAGACUAAGAGUGCCUAGGAGGCCGGAUUGGAAAAAGGGGAUGACCACAGCACAGUUAGAUCGGCAGGAGAAAGAUGCAUUCUUGGAAUGGAGGAGAGGUCUCGCUGGCCUUCAGGAACAAGAUGGUUUCCUCCUUACCCCGUUCGAGCGCAAUAUCGAAGUAUGGCGGCAGCUAUGGAGAGUGGUCGAACGAUCCCACCUUGUCGUUCAGAUCGUCGAUGCGCGAAAUCCGUUGCGGUUCCGCUGCGAAGAUUUGGAGUCAUAUGUUCUCGAUAUCGAAGGGUCGGAAGGUGAAAGCGGGAGUGGCAAAGGGAAGAGGCGCAAUCUCUUGCUCAUCAACAAAGCCGACCUUCUUACAGCACGGCAAAGACGUCUAUGGGCAGACUACUUUGAUACACAUGGCAUCACAUACGCCUUCUUCUCUGCAGCGAACGCUGCGGCCAUCCAACAGGCUCGAAGAGAUGCUCUUGAUGUCGCCGGUUCUAACGAUCAAGAUAUAUCCUCAGAAAGCGAGCCGAAAUAUGUUGCCGAAGGUGCUGACGAGCCUGAUUUGGUAGAAGACGACGCAUCGGAGUCGGAAUCAGACGCAAGUGAAUCCGAAGACGAGCACUACUUUUCGGCUGAGGAGGACACGACAGAUGGACAGGAUCCAAGGGCACGAGUUCUAUCAGUCCUCGAACUCGAAGAGUUGUUCAUAAAGUCCAGUCCCGAUCUAACAGAGUUCAAAGAUUCGGAAGGAAAUCCUCCUUCGAAACUCGUGGUGGGGCUAGUAGGGUAUCCCAAUGUCGGAAAAUCCAGCACAAUCAACUCUCUGCUGGGUGAAAAGAAAGUCAGCGUAUCGUCAACACCUGGAAAGACGAAGCACUUCCAAACAAUACAUCUUUCAGAUCACAUCGUUCUAUGCGAUUGUCCCGGUUUGGUCUUCCCCCAGUUCGCCACGACACGGGCGGACCUCGUAUGCGAUGGUGUUCUGCCAAUUGACCAAUUGCGAGAAUACACAGGUCCGGUAUCGUUGGUAGCAGAUCGUAUCCCAAAAGAGAUCCUUGAGGCCGUCUAUGGUCUGUCAAUCAAAACGCAAAAUACCGACGAGGGCGGCGACGGCAAGGUCAAGGCUGAAGAUUUGUUGAUUGCAUAUGCCAUCGGUCGCGGUUUUAUGCGCUCGGGUCAAGGCAAUCCUGAUGAAGCCCGUGCUGCUCGAUACAUCCUCAAAGACUAUGUCAACGCCAAAAUCCUAUAUUCCCACCCACCGCCAGACAUCUCUUCCGACGCAUUCAACGAGAAAGCAUACCAACUUGCCAUGACUCGUGCGGCCGAGAAGAAGCAUGCGCCCACAACUCGUGUUGGAAAGAACGCUGAUACUUUCGUUGCGUUCGCGCCGAAUAGUGCUAUCAAUAAGCAAGGUGGCCUGAAAACUCAAAGCUUGGAUAAUAACUUCUUUGAUAACCAGGGGUCGCUUUUAUCCCGCCCCCUCGUCCAAGGUUCCCUUCGAAACGGCAGCGAAUUCUCGAGAGGGAAAGCAUUUCCUCAUCAGAAUUCCGUGACCAACGAUGGCACACCACUAGAUGCUCGGCAGGCAAGGCUCCUGGCACUCACAGGUGUUGCCAAUGAGGUUGGAAAGGGGAAGAAGCAUCACAAAAAGACAAAACGUGUAAAGCAACGUAGUGGUAAAGGCUACGAUUAG